AUGCUGGUAGCAAAAAGAGCCUUUACCCUUUUGUUCUUGUGUCUACGGUUCGUCGUAAGCCAAAGUGACACUAGUCUUUUACCCACUUCCUGGGAAAAUGUCCAGUAUUCGCGAACUGUCGACGUGAGCAGAUCUUACACCCAAGAAAGCAUCGAUUUACAGAUCAAGAAUGUUGAUGAUAAGCCUAUUAGUGAGUACUACUUUGUGCUCCCUGAAGACGUGUUUGAAAAGAUCUCGCUCUUCUCUGCAAAGUUGAGGAAAGUCGAUGCUAUUUUAGACAGCGCCAUCCUUCCUCAACAAACCUUCACAGCAAAUGGGAAGGCUGUUAAAGUUGGAGUUGUUCAGCUGCCCUCCCCAAUUGAGCCUGGCCAGGAGGCUAAAAUAGUUGUGAAUAUAGCGUACAAUUGCAAUCGUCAGCCUUAUCCGGGCCACGUGGAGCUUGGAGAGAAGCAGUCUCUCCGUCUGAGCACCAAUAAGUAUCCCAUAUCGGCCUACAACACGAAAACUUAUAGUCUAGGAUUCAAAGGAAGCUUAUCGUUUUCAGAGCAAGAGUCUGUGGGUAGUGAUGCAAUGGCGUGCCAAAUGAAAGGUAACACUUUUUCUUGUGUUUCUCAGGAAUCUGUAGCGGCUUACCGAGACCCAGUGCCUAUUAGCGUUGUUUUUGAACACAAUCUUCCUUUAACCAGAGUUACAAACUUAGAGAGGGCUGUCUGGAUUUCGCAUUGGGCCUCUACUUUGCAGUUCGAAGAGUAUUACGAAUUGAUUAACGAUGCUGCGCCACUAAAGAGUGGGUUUUCCAGAGCUGAAUACAUGAGAGGUCAGCAUGCUUUGAAACAAAGUGGGCAUUUAACUGCGCUAGAAAUGGUUCUUCCUGAAGACUCGGAAGAGCAUUACUUUACUGAUUUAGUUGGAGCAGUGUCAACAUUCAAGGUCUUAAAAAACCAUCUCUUCUUGAAACCAAGAUAUCCACUUUUUGGUGGGUGGAAGUAUAAUUUUACCAUUGGUUGGACAAAUCAGCUUUCGCAGUUUUUACGGGUUGAAGAUGCCACCCAGGAGUCAUAUGUCUUAUCUGUGCCAGCCUUGAACGGGCCAGACGACACAUUUUACGACAGAAUGAAUCUUUCCGUAUAUUUGCCAGAAGAAGCUGAAGUUCUUGAUGUUUGGUGCCCGUUACCAAUUACAUCAACAGAAGUCACCACAGAGAAGUCAUACUUUGACCUCAAUAAAGGACACACCAAGGUUAGUCUCGAAUUGAAAAACGUCGUUGACACGGUCGCCAGAAGUGAGGUCUUCAUUAGGUAUAAGUUUUCGUCAACCUCUUUUUACAAGAAACCAUUUUCAAUCGCGACUUCGGUUUUCGUGGUCUUGAUGGCGUAUUAUCUUCUCAAGCAAACUACUUAUAUGAUAGAAGAAUGA